CGGACGGCGGCCGAUGCACACGCACAGUAAAAACGUACGCGCGGCCUAACACACCGUUCAGUCAGUGUAAGUUGGCGGUCCGGUCGAUUGUUCGUCGGGGUUUUGUUUUUUUUUUUCGCCGGGAUAAAUCCUAUCCGUAUGGCCGUUUAACGGAACCGCCGGAAACGAUCGCGAACCGGAUAGAAAACAAUAAUAAAAACCAUAAAAAACAUAAUUAUUAUAAUAUUACAAUACGUCGUCGUUAUUACGCGCAUUUCGCGAAAUCGAUCGUCGCAGUAAUAGUAUUUUCGAUUUUAGAUAUUUUUCACUGUCGUCUUCCCGCGACGCCGCAAUAAAUAAAUAAUUACUAAACAUUAUUGCCGGCGCCGCCGAGUUUUCACGAUUUUAUUUCCACGCGAUGUUCCCUUUCGGGCGUCUUUGAAUCGCGGUCGCCGAAAAUAAUAACGCACUGCAGGUACGACCCGCGGUGUUCACGUUUUGUCGUUUCGUACGCGUAUAAAUAGUACAAUACUCGAUCGUACACGAUAUUGUAAUUAUUAUUCCGUUGUACGUACCGUAUAGUUACACGUCCUGUUAGCCCGCGUAAAGCGUUUGUUUUUUUUUUCCGCUCGUGUUUCACCCGCGCAAUUUACUCCGCCACAGCCUAACCGAAUAGAUAACAGAAUUUUGUUUGUUUUCCACCUACCGCGGCACGUUGUAAAACAGUUUAACCGGCGAACGCGAUGGCGGCGGACGACGACGUCAAGUACCGGACCGAAGACGCGUCCAACAACAACGUCACUGCCAAACAGACGCAACUGUUUCCGAAAAAGCCCGAGGUCGACUUGUCGUUCAAAAAUCUCACGUACACCGUCAACACGUUCAACAAGUUCAAAAGAGGUGAGCGCGCAUUGUCUAAUCCGCUUUAUAGUACACCAAGCCGCCGUUGUCGUUUCGACGGCUGCUUCCGAUUUCCCGGCACCCGUGUCCUAUGCAAAUUGCCCCGUCCGCAUUGGUUCCCGAUAUAUUAGCCGGCACACGUCCGAGUUCGUUAAAGGCUCACGAAACGGGCGAAAUGCGACGUCUAAUAGUAUCGUUCAAUACGAAUUUUGCACACUGGUUUCCCGUCGUUAUGCACGCGCAUAAAUACAAUGCGAUAAACUGUCGUUGUUCUCGCGUCACUGUACAUUCGGUAAUCCACCAAUAACCGCGUAGAGUGUACGCACGAAGUCAGAUGUGGAGUAGCGUUUACAUUUGCGCGAUAUCGUUGAUUAUACAUAAUACAUAUAUUACAUCAAUCACGUACAAUGUAUCCAACGGUAAUGAUAUGCAAGCAUUCCCAAAUCUGUGUGCAAAUGGGAAGGGAAAUCGAAAUCGCUUUUAAAACAAUCUGUGAACCGAUUCGGAUAGGACACCGGUUAUAUCGAACGACGAACGGAAAUAGUAGAAAAAACCAAAACCGGCGUUGAGCAGUAGUUACGUAGGUAUAGAGUAACGGGACGGGAAUCCGGGAAUGUUGUGUACGCCAAAGUUCUCUAGAAUCCGUAAUGUUUUUUCGUAGGAUUUUUGUUCUCCUAAUUUGUGAAGUUUCGAGACAUUCGCCGCGGCUGCUUCACCUACCCACUUUCGCACAAACCGUUUCAAAGGUCUGUCGGCGCGGUUAUUCGGCUCCGAACCGGCGCGUAGACAAAACACGAUUACACUACCUACCGCAUCAGUUGAUGAAUUGAUUUUAAAUCACACGUUUUCGCGGAGUUGUGUUCGAAACAAUUAAUCAUUCUUGAAUGUGUUACGAAACCGCCAGACAAAUAUUGCUAAACCGAAAUAUUAUUAAUCGAUUGCGGUGGUUCGUCUGAUACGCGAACCUCGUCUCUCCAAAUAAAGAUAGGCAGACGUCUCACCCCGCAACGAUUGUCGAAAUAAUAAUGUGAUUAACACGCCACGCGCGGAAUUGCCGUAAUUAUCUGCUAUAAAAAUGCCGAUGUUUGAACUUUAAUUUCAACCUAAAUGCCCGCAUUGUAUUAAUUAUAAGUAACAUAAUUUGUCCAUGUUAUCGCCCUUUAGUUAAGAUGAAGUCAUACACGCUACAUGUGCUAUUUCCGUAUUAUUAACAUACGUAGCAAAUUUACGUUAAAUAGAACGUAAAUCGGUGGAAAUUUGAGUUUAAACAAGCAUUAACGAAAUUUAAAGAGUAAAUAUAUUUUCAAGGAUUGUGCGUAACUUUUUUCUUUUUUUAAACUACUGUCAUACCUAUAUAAAAAUUCACAUAUUUAAAAAACGCAAAAACUGACAUGGCUGUAACUUUUUUGUAUGACAAUGUUUAAAAAAAAUGAUACGCAUAGCCGUCGAAAAUAUUCUCCUAUGUUGUACGUUAAUAAGACGGAGACAGCACAUGCGGAUGUGGGGUUUUCUUAAUAUUAUUUACGAUUCUCUCUUAAAAUAUUCUAUGGAUAUUUAAAAAAAUAUAUAUCAUUGUAAAGUAUAUGAGUAAUCAUAUUAAUUAUUAAUUUGUAUGAAUUAAAACACGUCGCUAGGAUAUUAAGAAUAUAACAUAAUAAGGAUGGAGUCAUCAUCCUAAGAAUUUUUUCACACUCUUAUCUCUAUUAUUUUAUCCACGGUUAUCGAAAAUUUAACCAUGUAUGUAUACAAAUGAACAAACACUUGUUUAAUAUUUCAUAAUCUCUUAAGAAAUGCACUGUAUGAGAUCUCAUUAUUACUUUUUUAAAAUUUAAUUUUCACCUUCUAUGGUCAUCCUAUGCUAUCUAGGUAUGUUGGUAACAAUUGAUCCACCCAGUAAAUAAAUUAAUUUAGAUAAAUACAAUUGAUAAUAAUUAUAUGGAAUAUCAACUUACAAAAUUAUAUUAUUAACGAAUAAAAUACAAAUGGGUGGCUAUAGGUGGUGACUCAACCCUAUUUUACAUGGUUAUAAUUAAUUAUAUUUAAUAAAACAAUAAAGUAAAAACAAAAUUAUUAAAAUGGUUAAUACUCGUAAAUAUAUAAAUAAAAAAUCCAGGUGACGCAAUGAUUCAUGUAUUUAUUUUACUUUUACAUGUACAUUUUUUUUUAUUUAUAUAUUUAUUUAUUUAAUUAUAUAUUUUAUACAUUUAUAAUAUUUUCUUAUAAACUGAUAACAACAGUAUUUUAUAGUAUUUUGUUAAUACGCUCGUUUAAUAAUAUAUUUUUUAAAUUAUUAAUGGACACGUAUGACGAAGCAUGGAAUAUGUAAAACAGGGUAUACAAUUAAUUUUAUUAUUUAUACAAUUGGGUUUGAUUAAAUUAAUGGAAUAUUUUAAAUUUUGGAUAAAUAAAAUAAAGAACAAAGGACAUACUUCGCACAAUGGGUGAGUUAUUGUUGUAAGUGAAAAGUUAGAAAAUGUAUUGUUUAUCUGUACGCAAAGUUUAAUCAUUGCUAACGAAAAACGAUUCUGAACGGAGUUCGUUUUUACAUGUUUUGAUAGGCGUAAUAUUUACGAUUUGAAAAUAAUGCAUUUCUUACAUUUCCCCUUUAUUCCUACGUCAUUUUUCUAUUUAUUAUGAACAUUCCUGAGAAAAUCAAAAGAUGAGAUUUGAAAAUCCGAGCAAAAUGAAUUGCUGGUACACAAGUGUCGUUUACAGAUAAAAAAAAUAAUAUCAAUAAAAAUAAACAUUUUUGUAAAACCAAUACAUCCUUGUCUCAAUCAGAAUCUAAAUAAAACAAGUGGGAGAGUCGAUAUCAGUUAGACUUCACGACGUAUUCAAAUCUGCUUUCAGAAUUCUUAUCGGUUUACUUGAUUAAUCGGUGAGCUGGAAUAGAAUACGUUCAAACUCUUAUGUUUUACGCACGUAAGACAAAGAAAGAAAUCACCGUUUCUAAUCCGUUUAAAUGAAACUAAGACCAUGUGUCUCAAACCACUGCUUACAUUAGUGGCCUCGCGUGAAGCCAUUUUUAUGCUCAAAUGUUAUGUUUUCACCGAAUACACCGAGUUUUAAAUACCUCUUUUAAUAAAUACCUAAAGUAAAUCAUGACACUAUCCAGAAAUAUACAGUUUAUAUUCAUUCUUAUUUCAUUCAACUACACAAAAAUAUUAUUGAACAUUACGAAACGACAACUAUUUCAAUCGAAAUUAUUCUAGGUGAAUAUCGUAGUGGAAUAUGUAUUCGCAUACACGCCCUAUUUAUUAGUACGAAAGUUGUAUACGAAAUUGUUUGGUUUUUCUAUUUAUUGAACUUUCAAAAAUUAUUCGUCUAACGAUGGCCAACCGUAUAAAUAGUUUUGCUAUUCACGGUAAGAGAUUUUUUUUUUCGACAAUAAUUGUUUAAAAAAACUAGUGCAGCGUAAUAAAUUAUCGUACUAUAAGUUAAAUAAUAAUUAUUCACUUACUUUCAAAAACAAAAAUCUUUAAAUUUAAUGUUUUUUUCUUUCUUUUUAAGUAAGUACCCUUUAUAGUUCCUGUAUAGUAUCGAUGUACAUUUUUUUUUUUAAAAGUCACAAUUUUUGCAUAGUAGUUAUGGAAAUUAAUCAAUUGAAAUAAAUGUAGAUAUACCUAUAAUAAUAUGCACAUAAUUAUUAAAUUGUAUUAGUUGGAUAAUAAUGUUAUUUUAUUAUGAUCGUGUUUACAUACUGAACCUUUAUUUUAGUAAGUACCGAGUUAGCGAGUGAGUACCGAACGCUAAUGAGAUAAAAAACAUUAUUUUGUUUUUAAAUAAUGUUAUUGUAAAUAUUAGUUUGAAAAUGUUUUUCUGUGAACAAUAAUAGCAAUAAAAUGCCCAAUAAAAACUGUGUUAUAUCGUUCCUUUGCAUUGGAAAUAAUAUUUCACAAGGUUAAUCAAACGAUAACCAAAACAUUCAAUAAUAUGUAUACCAAAUAAUAUUAUAUUUAGGCGAUACAUAUUAUUGAUAAAUAAUAAAUACCUACUUUAAAAAAAAAAAAAAAAAAAAAAAAACAAUUGUUUAUUUACGUAUAUUAACCUAGAAUUAUACUGAUUUACAAAAAAAAAAUAAUCUAUCAACGUACAAUGGUCCAAGGUUGAACGGCACACAGUAUUAUGAACCGUUGUGGUUAUAUUAAACAAUAGGGAAGUCGAUUUUUUUUUCAUCCUUUUAUCCGCGAUCCCAUACACGAAUCGGUAGGAAAAAUAACUACCGACCUACCAUUAUCAUGGCCAAUACAGCUUUGAAAUAUAAUACUAUAUAGAUACGAGUUAAAAAAAAAAUCAUCUUCCCAAGAUAAAUAUUUUGUUAUGAUAUGUACCAUAAUAUGUAGUGCAGACAACAACACAAUAAUUACUGUUUCUCAUUUAAUAUAUUUUGUUUCAAUUAGUCGUAUGCCUUACCACGAAAUUUCGAUAUUAAUUUUAUCCACAUGUUAUCAUCUAUUACCGCAUAUUAUAGGAUUUGUGUUCAAGGUGAAUCAAUAUGAUAUUUUAUCAUUAACAUUAGUCGUAUUGAAUCAAACACAAUACUUACCAAUAACCAAAUCGAUAGUAUAUGUUUAUAAUAAAAAUAUAAUGUAUAUUUUAUGAAAAAUAAAUAUAUUAUUUAUGAAUGUUGGCCAUCGCAAUUGUUUUAUAAAACACGUAAACAAUUUACGUGUAUGUAAUGUUCUUAUCAUCAAUUAUUGGUCUUUUUGUAUGAUGUACGUAUUAUUUACUAAACUGUUAAUUAUCUGUUAUAAUUAUCAAUACAAUAAAUACGGUUUAAUCGAGUCUUAUUAUUUUGCAAAAUUAUCUGAAUAAUAUAAUUAUGAUGCUUUUAAAAUUGACGCUUGGAUUUUUUGUUGAAACGUUCAUCUAGUUACGAGCGAAAUUUUCCAUAUUCGGAAAUUUUAUUUCAAUUUUUUUACCCUACUCAUUUUUUGACUGUGAAAAAAUAAUACUGUCUGUAAAAAAUGUAAACAAGGAACAAUAUUUAUUUUUUUUUAUUUUUUAAUUAUCUUUAUAUUAUACUUUGCUAUUAUAAGGUUAUCAUAGGUUGCUCUCAUCACCUCACUCAUAGGUUGCUAUCAUCACCUCACUCAUAGGUUAUAGUUGGGAAGCUUGGACAAUAACUCAAUAAACAGAAUAAAAUUGAGAACAUACGAGAAUAAAGUACCUACAGAGGAAAAUAAUAAGUGAACUAACAUCGAUAAAACAGGGGGGAAUUGACGAAAGAGGUUCAAUAAAGAGAUUUAUAAUAUGGUGAACCUAGCACCUGCAGUGAAAAACUUUAUUAAGGGAGAAAUAAUACAAUGAUUAUAAUAGUCAUAAUAAUGAGAAGAAAAAAUGGGAAAAUUGGGAAAACCCGAAAGAAAAUUAUAAACGGCACGCUCCGGCGUUAUCGUUUUCUUUGUCUUUAAUUUGUUAACACGAUGGUUUAUACCAGAAAUAUCGUUCCAAUCGAAAAAUGACAGAAGAUCGAUUUUAUUCAUUUUAAUAUAUAGACAAUGUUAAAGAAAGUCGCUUCUAGAUACCUAAAGUAUUUUUCAUAGUAAUUGGAAAAACCCCAAAAAAAUAAAUUUUUUUUCAAAUUACGGCAUAACGGUUUCAUUAUUUAAAAUUUUUACAGCUAAUAUUUUCUACAACAUUUUGCUCCAACAGAAAAAUUGCAAGAAACUUUUUUUGUUGUAUUUUUAAUCCAUUUGAUGACCAAGAAAGCCGUUGUUAAAUUUAAUUUUUAGUUUUUUUUUAAAUAAUUGAGCAAAACCGUUUUUUCUCCCUUGCAAACGCCACGAGAGCUGGGAGGAAUCGUGCUAGCAUUACUUCACCCUGUCCGGCACCCGCUCCUUACCGCAGACACCGAACUGAAGUCAAGGCAGCGCUACCGAGAGUCCGCGUGGCGUAGUCGUCAACCGCCGGGUCAGCAUCCUGUCUCGCUCUCUCAUCGUUCUCCUUUCUCGUCAUAAUGGCUCUCGCUAUGUCGAGGAAAGUCGCCCUGCAGCGGAUCGCCGUUCCCGUAAUUCUAACGGUUUCAGAAGUCACAGGAGUGUCCCAUAGGUUCGUUGGCCCGCAUAGAUGGUCCAUGACGUCCCCAAGGCUUGCUCCCCGAGGAACUAUACCCUGAUGGUGUUUCUCUCCAGCGCCUACUAAGUGCAUUAGAAUGUCGUGCAUUUAGAGGUUUCGUCCGCAGCUUGGUAGUAAAUGCACUCUGGACCAGGCAACGUCCCGAUUCGGCGGAUGUAAUGAUCGAAACAUCAAUGACUGGUCAAGAUCUGCGUCAAAUGGAACGUCACUGGCCACACCCCUCUACCGGACCAUUGCCCCACGUCGGGGAUCAGCCGCCUGGUCCAGACCGUCCUUUCGCUUCGGUCGAGGAACUCUUACCGGAGCCACAUAAUCGUCGCCAGCUUGUCCCUCCUUACUGCCGACAUAAGGGAUUUCUCGACCUCCGUCGGCAGCUCACGAUUGGACUAUACAUACCAUACAUACUUUUCUUAACUUUCUCGGUUUUAUGUAUAUAUAUAUAUAUAUAUAUAUUGAUGUAUGAUAUAUUAUAUAUCAUCUGAUGAUACAGUUGUAUGAGUUCUUUGAGUUUUUUUUGAGAAUUUCCGUUCUCCGGUAUAUUAUAUCAUUUACUAUUUCCGCGUGAAUAUUUUUUACCGUAUAUUUUACUAUAAUUUCGAAGGAGUGCCAGUCUGUAUUCAGUACGAGUAGAUACCUAUUCUGUAUAGGUAGGUACCUACGUGUUUUCAAUGGAACGACGAACAGCAUCCGUCCUCGAUAAGAUCGAAAUACACUGAAACAAUAUAGUACUGUUAUACUAGCUAGUUAUAAACAUUAAUUUCGUUGGUAUACGCACUACCACAAUAAAUUAUUAUUAUUCUCAUUGUGGAAUAAUAAUCAAACCGAGCAGAGACCAUAAUAUUACUAAAAUUAUCAUAGAAGUGUUUCCAUUCGAACUGUACAGGGUUAUUAUUAUCAGCACUAUUGUUGAUUGUUACGUUAUUAUAAUUAUAUUACCUAAUACAAAACAUAGGUAUUAGAAAAAAAAAAAAAUACGAUAUUUUAAAUUAUUCAAUGUUUGGUACCUAAUACGGGUAUACGUUGGCACGUUGCAUUGCAUAUUAUGAAGAGAAAAUAAAAAGUCCUGUAUAAAAAACAAAAAUAAGUUACAAAAAGUAACGACCUAUAUUCUGGCCUUACAUUACCAUUAUUAUAUUAUCAUCGAUGUUAUUUAUUUUUUUUAAAUUACAACACGUACGAAUGCAGCUUCCGUUUUUAUAUUUUUGUUUUUAGAAUAUACCGUCUAUUCUAACUAUAUAUAUAUAUAUAUAUAUAUAUAUUAAAGACAGUAUACUUUGUGUAAUUUUUAUAAACAGUCCUUUGUUUUUAAUAAGUAUGUAACUGUUAUUAUAAGCAUAAUACAUGUAUAAUAUAAUAUGAUAUAUAUGAUAUAAUAAUUUUAUGUGCAUAUUAUGGACACAUUCGUUCACUUUUGAAAAUGCAGUUUUAUACCAAGUUUUGUCUAUCAUAUUAAAUCAUUUCGUUUUUUCUAACUAAUCUAUGUACGCUAGUGCUCAAUUAUCUAUGCACAUAAAUCAUAGUACUCAGUGUACAAAUAUUAUAAUAUUUAAAUUACACACACUUUAUAAUAAAACAUAAAACCAAAAUAAUUUUAAUUAAACAUUUCCAAAUUCCAAUAUAAUUAAUAGCCAUAGUUUAAAUAUUAAUUAUAGAUGUAAUCUUAAAAUGUAGUUUAUAUUUUUAUCCAAACAGAGAGUAAAUAUCGAAUCAUUAAUAAUGUAUAAUAUUUGUUUGUUCGAUUUGCUUUGUUUAUUAAUUCGACUCAUCCCAUUGCAGUGUAGUUAGUCAUACGCCUUACAUUAUACGAUAGCGAUAAAAUAAAAUAGUUCUAUGAAUCAUAUUAUUUUUUUUUUUUAUAUCAUUAAGCAUUCUGUACAUUAAUUAUUAUCUUUGACAAACACUAUUGUGAUUGUAAGGUACCUAUAUUAUGUCAUCGCAUUUUGUAUAUGACAUAAAUCUCGUGUAAACUAUGUAGUUCAAUCCCGAGUUUAAUACAUUCAAUGCGUAGCUCUGAAAAAUUAAAAUAUAUAACGAAUAUAUUAUUUGAUUAUAAUACUGGGAAUUAUGUACAAAUCCAUUCAUAAUUUAUACUUUUAUUUCAAUAUUACAAUGUACGACAUUGUACAUUAACAUUUUAAACUUGUAGUUAAAUGAGUGAUAUUAAUAUACGAGGGACAUUGAUUGUUUACAAUCUUGUGAAAAUUAUUUUAAAAACUUUUCAAAUGAAUAAUUACAUAUAUAUUUAUGAACAAAUACUAAUAAGUUUACCUAUAAUUAGUAUAUACCUGAAUACAAUAGCAAAUACAUUUGUUUUUAAUAAUACUAAAUAAUUUGUUUUUGAUAGGUUAACCAUAAAAUAUAUGUAAAUAUUUAAAUAAAUAAUUACUAAAAAUAUUAUAAUUAAUUUCGUUUUCAAAAUUAUUAUUAGUCUUGAGUACCAUAAUGUUGUUUAUUUGAUUUGCCAUCGAGCGAAUCUAUUAUAAUAUUAUAAAUUAUACUAAUCUGAUAUAAAAUAAUAUAAUUGUAUAUAAUAUGCAUAAAUAUAUAUAUAUAUAUAUAAUAUAAAAGCCAAUAAAAAAAACUGGUACUCUUGAUGGGUGUAGAAUUUUAGGAGAGUAAUUAGAAAGGAGGAUAUAUAGAGUAAUUUAAUUUUUAUUUGUACGAAAUAAUAAACCAUUGUUAAAAAAAUCAAUUCUGAAAAGAGUAUUAUUAGUAUUAUAUUUUCUCUUGUAACCAAGAUAAACCAAAAAAAAACAAAAAUUGUCAGUUAUUAAGAAAACUACAAGAAAAAAUUAAAAAACAUCUUCAAUACACCAAAAUAAAAAGAUUGCAAAUUACUGGAUAUGUAUCAUAUUAUUUGUUUAAAAAAUCGUUAAAACAUAGUAGGAAAUCAUAACAAGAUUUUAUAAUAAUUUUACCUAUACCUAGUAUUUAACUCAUAAGUACCUGCCAAUACUCAAUAAACUAAUAUUUGUUAUCGAAAAUAAAAAUAUAGUUAGAUAAAACAAGUUUAUUAAUAGACCGUAGAUUUCAUAAGGUCGAUGCACUCAGAUCGUGUUGGCCAAAUACUUAUUUUAUAUUAUGUUUUGAAUUCUUUAAAAAUUAGAAUAAUACUUUAUCUAGUAUAGUAAUAGUUAUUUUAUAACUAGUUUUAAAUUAUAAUAUUAAUUUUUAAGUACUAUGCUAUGUUCUCGUAUAUUUAUCGUUUAUUUGGUAAUAUUUAUAAUUUAUCGUCGACUAUCCAGCAAAAACUCGAACCGUUAAAAUAUUUAUAUCUGUUACGGCGCAGGAUCUAGAUGGGCAGUUGGCCAGCUAUCGGAACGUAAUGGAUCUCGUAGGGUUGUAGGGAAGCUGUAACCUGAUGAUCGGUUAGGAGAGGAGGAUAGAGGGAUAGACGAAGAAAACAAAAAUUAACAGUGAUAUCCGGAAAAAAGAAAUAAAGGAGUAAUACAAUAACGCUGUAGGUACAAACAUAUAAUUCUACAAUACAAGUAUAUAUAAACCAUGUAUUAAUUAUUAUGACACCAUGGAUAGAUAAGUUAUAAUAUAAUAGCAAUAAUAAUAAUUUAUCGUCAAAAAUAUGUUACAUAAUAAAGAUAUAUGCGGAAGAAAUUUUAAAUUUUAACGCUACUCUAAAAUCGUAGUUGUGGCGAGUACAGUAGUUCAGUACAACACUAUUUAAUUAAUUAGACUAAGAUUCAAGUCCAUAAAACAAGUAUAGUUUAAAUUAAUAUUAGAAUAAACCUUCAAAUAGCUUCAAACAGCUUCAGAACAGGGACCCCAAUCAAGGUCACUCGAUGACGUCGCUACUGCGGCGCGAACGUGUGCAACGGCGGUGAUUUCGACGACGGUACUAUUUGUUCAGUUGUGGCCGUAUGUGCGACACAUACUACCGGACAACUGGAACGACGACUGGCUUUAAACGGUUACAAAAUUCUGACCCAAAGGCCGGACGUGACAGUGCCGUGAGCAAGAUGACGAAGCGACUGGGGAACCGUUUAUAACCAGGCAAAGGCCUGCGGCUGCCUUUCGGCAAAAUGUGAUAAAACCACUUACCAUGUAGAUUGUGGAAGCCGAACCGUGAAGAGCUGUCAUAUGCUCAAACUACAUCCCUCGUUGGAAGGUUCUUCACUACUUUCAACUCUGUUAGACUAGACAGGAAAUUGGCUCCUUCUUCUUCAAGGGACUUCAAGGAGCUAGUGAUAGUGAUUGACGGACAAGAUGCGUUGUUUGUCGGCGUUCGCCACUGGAUUCAUACGUGUACCAUUCGAGCACACGAUUCAUACCAGCUGUUGAAUGUGACAGUUAUUUGCCGUUGCAUACAAUGCGUACAAAUAUGUGAUCACGAUUGAAUGCUUACAAAAAGAGAGGACGGUCGGUAUUGCCGUCGACGGCCCACAGCUUGUCCGUCAAUUACCUCAUCUAUGUAGGUGCUAACUAUAAUACGAGGUGUGGCUAUUAAAUAACGAGACUGAUCGCCUAGAGGGCGCCCUAGAUGGGUAGUGAAAAAACCGAGUAAUGCGUUGAGUAUCUAGAUAUCUUAUCUAUGUACUUACCAAAACAUGUUUUCGUCACUAUUAUAGUAUUUGUACAGUAGUGGUUUGAAACGAACGUGUUUUUUUCUCGUGCCGAAAACCAUGUGUGACGAAAAACAUGAGCAACGGAUAAACGUAAAAUUUUCUCGUUAAACUAAAAAAAANAUAAAUUAUUUUCUGAAGGUCGAGAGUGCACCGGAAUCCAAUUCAGUCGUAAUCCAAAUUCAAAACCGUUUUCUUCGAUAUCAACGGCAUCGUGAUGACUGAAUGGGUUCCAGAGGGUCAAACUGUGAACCAACAUUACUAUUUGACAGUUUUGGUAACAUUGCGUGAAUGAGUUCGUAAGAAACAGUCGAUAUUAUGGAAAAACAAGUCGUGGAUCUUGCACCAGGAUAAAGCGUGAAGCGUUAUUUGGCCGCUUAAGACACUCCAGUACUCGAACACGCGUCUUACUCGGUCGACUUGGCACUCUGCGACUUUUACUUGUUUCCGAAAAUAAAGUCUGCCUUAAAAGGAAUCCGGUUUGAAUCGAUGGAAGAGGUGAAACAAAAAUCGGCGGAACUCCUGAAUGGUCUUACGAAAACAGACUUCCAGCACUGCCUCGAGCAAUGGAAGAAACGAAUAAAACGGUGUGUGGCGAGGGGAGGAGAGUAUAUUGAAGGGGAGCAUUUUAAUGUAGAAUAACUUUUAUAAUAAAACACUUUUUCGUAACCAGUAUCGUUAUUUAAUAGCCACACCUCGUAUACUUCGUGGACACCCCGAUACUAAGACUUGUGUUAACGAAAUUUUUGGGUACAGUGCGGUUGUGUCCACGUUCUUUUGGAAUGUUAUACGAGUUAAACAGUUCUUUCACUAUGUAUGUAGGUGAUACCAAAUGGUGGUGCUCAUUAUUUUGAAAGAAAUGUGCACACCCGGGAUAAUAAUUUGAAUGUCGGUAUCCACGAUCUUUUAAACAAUAGAAGAGGUUUAAGAAGUCGCAAGUACUGUUGAUAAUUUACUUUCUACAAUUAACGUCUUUCUCAAUGUUAAUGUUUAAAUAAUAAGAAGACGAGUACAGACAGAAGAUAUGUAGGCUGAACCAUUAACUGAUAUAAGUGAUCAAUUGAGAUGUGGUAGCUCUACUUUUUAUAGAGAAAAUUCAGCACAAACUUAUAUAUCGCAUGGAUUCAUCUUAAGAAUUAUCACUGUCUUAAGAUCUCUUACAUCGCUUGAUUUGACGGGCAAAACUAUUAAGUUUCGUUAAUGAAACUCUAACAACUUAUAUGAUACGUUCAGUCUUAUUGUGUGAAAUAAAGGACAUGCGUUUGAUAAGCAUAUUAAUACCUUAUACCGGGAACUAUGCAGAUAAUUUUCUUCAUGAAUUAUAAUAUAACUUUGCUAAUACAUACGAGUCAUAUGACGGUUGGUUAUGAUCGUAAUGUAGGCUACGUUAGUGGUCAACAUCGCCGUCGUUAUUUAACACUAUAUUCUGAUUAAAUUACUAGGUUAUAGAGAUCCGGCUGAAGGAGGCUUUGUCAAAUUGCAUGUACACAUUUUUGUUUUUUAUAAAAUUUAAAGUUUUUGUAUAAAGUGUACACAAAUUGGAAUUGAUUUUAAUUACUUACCAAAAUAGCUCGAAAAUGAUUAUUUUAUCUAUCGCUAACAUCAGUAUGUACUUAAGCAGCACGUUCAAUUUUUGUGUUGCGUAUUUAUAUGCUUGACGAAUACGUGUGCACACGAUUAUUAUUAUUAUGGUAUUUUUGUUCUGUUAUUAAUUGUUGUAGACUGUACUACGCCUGCACGUCAUAGUAGGUGUUGAUAAUAACUCAUCGAAAUACCAAUACACUUACUUUACAUUAUUAUUAAUGUCGAUUGGUUAAAAACAAAUUAGAUUUGAAGUUAUAGAUAAUAUAACCUUUGGUUAUAUUUUGGUGUAUCAUUGAUCCCUGUUCUAAAAGCCGUAAAAAAAAAUAUCGCCUUGUUUUUGUCGUCAAUCGGCCUAUCGAACGGUCUGUCUAUUAGAAUGGGUUUUUUGAAAUAGGGAAAAGUUUCAGAAAUUCAAAUUUUACAGGAAAGAAAAACUGAUUUUGCUAACAGAGCUUGGAUUUCGAAGAAUUUAAUUUUUGUGUCAAUAUUUCAAAUGUAGGAUCUCUGUAUGGUUAAUAUCGUUUUUAUCUAAAUAGAUAAAGUGAUAAAAAAAAAAAAUGGAAACAUUUAUUCCCUUAUCCAAAUAAAUUAAAUUAAUUUUUGUAAUUUUGUUAGAUUUUAGAUGUUAUAUUGAUUUAAUAGAUAUUACCUAUAACAACAAUAAGAAAAUACUCUGAUUAGGUAUGAUUAAUAAAAUAAUAACAAAUAAAAAUAUGUAUAACCUUUUAAAUUUUUUAUUGAUAAAAUGAAGAUUUCAAAAUAAAAAAAAACAGUUGAUUUGGCUGAUGUCUAUCAUGAACGUAUUUUACCACGUCUAGAAAAUGAAAAUAUAUGUUUUCUGUUAAAAUAGCAUGUAUUUAUGAAUAUUUUUAACUGAAUUACAAAAAAAAAAAAAAAAAAAAAUUGAAAAUAAAGAAACCAUUAGUUUCAUAAACUUUCCUGUUCUUUCUACGAUUUUUUCUGGUUUUGAUCAACUAUUAAGAAAACUACACUGAAAAUGUAAGUACUUAAAAUGUCGUAUUCACUUACUACUUAUAUAUUCAAAAAAAUAAUAACGAAAUAGGUUUUCGAUUGGAGCAAUAUUUUUGGUAAAAAACAUGAUUCGUUAAAAUAUAUAAAUACGAAAUAUUAAUGCUAGGUUUAUAUCUGUCAUUUUUGAUUUUUUUUUUAAUUAUGAAAACUGCUUGAACAAUUUUUAAAAUGACUUCUCCAAUGUACAAACUAAAUUCAAAAUUCAACACAAUAGUUCUUUUGUCAUUUUUUGGUUAGAGCAAAUUUUAUGUUCAAAAAGUUGCUCACAUAUACAAAAAAAAAAAAAAAAACAGUAUAGUAUUUAGUUUUAGGUUUAGAUAGGAAGAUAUUUGUAACGGGAUAUUAUUUGAGUAGUGACGUGACGUACAAAUAGCAUUACACUACUCUUUCCCUAACCACAAAAAUGAAAACUUAAUAGUGUAAUAUCUCGUUAACAGACAAACGGAAAUUAAAAAUAUCGACGUCAACAUUUAUUUAAAUAAUAUUCCAUCUAUUUAUGAAACUUAUUAUAGGUUACUAUUUGAAAAACAAUAGAAAUAGCUAUUUCACUCACAAAAAUAAAGGUAAGGUAGGUAACAAAAAAUAUGGUUACUUAAUAUUUUAGAGCUGAUUGUUUCUUAAAUUGUCAAAAAAAAAAAUUCCGAAAAAAGUUCAUACUUAACCUUUCCGAAAUACUUUGUAUUUUUGUUGUCCAAGGCUUGGAAAAUUAACGAAUAAUAUAUUAACUCAGUUUGGUUAAGUUAAUGGAAAAAUCAAACUUUAAAACUAAUUGUUUUAUUAACUAAAUAAUUUUUUUUUUUUUUUUGUGUAAUAUUCUUAUUGCCAUAAUAUUGUUAAAACUAUUAAAUGUAUAUAGAAUUUGUCAUUCUUCAGAGGAUGAUCGAUUUUAAUCGGAGGCGGGAGAGUUAUUCGGGGAAUAGCAAACUAUACUUAUUUUGAAUUCCACUAAACGGAUUAUAAAGUCUUUUUUUUAAAAUUGUUUUUAUACAAAGGUACCAAUAUAAUAUACCAUAAUUCCAAAUAUAUACUUUCAGUGUAUAGACUAUAUCUAUAUUUAUAGAUUGUACACUUUAAUAUUGCGUUAAAAUGAAAAGAAAUUGAAAUCAAUUUAACGUGAUACAAUUCAAAAUUAACUCGCAAUUUAUUCAGUUACAAUGUAUAAAAUGAAUAAGUCACGUUAAUACAAAAUCAAAAGUAAAAGUACGAAAUUACUUAACUUUUAACCUGUUAACUCAUUAAUAUUCGACGUGGCUUGCAUGAGCUGUAAAAACAUGCGUUACUAAUAAUUUAUAACUUACGGAAUUUCAUGUUUAAUUAUCUUAAUUUAAUAUUUUAUAUUAUUCGUGUAAAUAAAUCACUUUUUAUAAUUAUUAUUAUUUAUUUUUAUUUUGUUAAGUUAUAAAUUGUUUUAUUUAUCGUUUAUAAGUCCGAAAUGUGUCAUUGAACUCUGGUGAACCUGAUCGUUAUAAAUUUAUAUUAAGUAAUAAAAUAUUGUAUUAUUAUAAAACUUAAUAGGUUAAAAUUAAUAUGUGCCAAAGUCCCAGAGUCCAUAUUGAAAUACACCUUGCGAAACCAUUCGAUCUGUUCAAGUGUUCCUAUUACAUGUAUAUUAUUAUGUUUCUUUCUCUUAAUAUUUAUUUUUUUGUUUAUUAUCAAACCUCUUUGUUAGUACUAAGGGUUAUAAUAUUACAGUUACUAUAGUUGGUGAAAUUAAAACUAAAUUAUUUUUUUUUUACGUGUAACUAUUAGCAAUUAUAUUAUAAUAUUAUAUAAAUCGUUCGCGUUAAAAAGUCAUUACUGAGUGAUUUCUCAAUAUCAUAAAAUCAUUUGUGUACCACCAUUCUAUAUUUAAUUAAUGACUCAAUAAAAUACAAUUAUAUGAUGUGUUUAAGUCAUGAAAGCUCAGCGCAGAUGUAGCCGCUCGAUGAACAUUCCGAUUUCAAAAUAAUCGUUCAGCCAUUGCGAUAUUCUUUAUAAUUCGUUAACGAUUAUAAAUGUAAACAUUUUUUUUUUCGUUUCGUGUGUCACGUACGUGUAAUUAAUUAUUAUUGUAUUCAGUUAAUUUUUUUGCGAUGCGAGAUGUAAUCGAUUUGAAUGGACUAUUCAAUCGAUAUAAUAAUAUUGUUGCAAUUCUCCGCGUCGUCGUUUCGUCAAUUCGUACGAUAAUUUUCGAUUAAAAUUAAUUCCAUAUUUGGCUUAAUUUAUAGAAAUAUAUUUUUAUCGAUAGAGUAUACUAACCAAAUGAGUAGUAACCGUUGUAAUAUUAAUUAAACAAAUAUAUUCAUAGUAGAAUUUGUAGAAUAGAAAAUUUUUUUUUAUUUUUAAAGUAAAAAAGACAUUAAAUAUGCAUUUGUAAAAAACGAAUUUCAAAAGAGGGAAACAUUAGUCCCCGUCUGCGCAAACUGACGUCAUUCUGUACCUCCCGAAAAAUGUCUCUUGGUCAAAUCUGUGAAAAACUUCUAUAGAUACAGUAGUGUUUAUGUAUUAAUUGUGAUAGCACCAGUGUUGGUAUAAAAAAAAAACAAGCAAAACAAAAAUAUCAUUUAGUUGUUUUCCGGUUUAAGCCGUAAAGACUGAGAGUAAUAAUAAUUGUGAAUAACGACCACUUUAUUGUUUUGCACGACCAUAAUGAAAUAUUAAUUUUAUAUUCGUGGCGUUGUAUUAAUUUGUUUAUACGUAAUGGUUUAUUCAUCAUGGUCAAUGUAUGACGACGUUUGCUCUAACCACGAGUCAGAAUAAAAAAAAAGGGCGAAAGUCAAUUGACAGUAAUAAUUCGGCACCAUGGGUAGGCCGCUGUACUAGGUUAGAAGUUUUAUAAGUAAAGAAUGUAAUAUGUUAAUUUAAUUUAUGUGUACUGAAAGCAACAAUAAACCAUCGAAAUCAUAAAACGAUUUUGAGUCGAGUACAAUUAAUAGUAUUUUCCCCUUGUCGCCAUGGUGACCCAGAAAUCAACAUAAAUAAACCGACGUGUUGUCACUUUUUUUUAAAAUUGUAUAGAAAAAUUGUUGAGAAUCUUGAAUUGUAUUCAAAAAAUAUAAAUUACCACAAGAGAAAACAUCAUCCGCAUCAUUUAAGGACCAAUACGAAUAAUAUGGAGCAUUUUUAGUACCUAGUAAAAAGAGUGUUUUUGGAGAACUCAACAAAAAGACUAAAGACAAAAGAAAAAGGGUUUUCGAGAAAUCGUAAUCAUUUUGUAUUUCAUUCUAAAAAAAUUCUUUGAAUUUAUUUUGGAAAACGAAUGCUAUAUAUUUUACGCUCUUUAACCUUAAACAUCCUCGUCAAUGACGGGUGUUUUUUUCCGAAUAAUUCGGUACCUAUUAAUUUAAAAUUUAAAAUCGCGGUAUUGAGAGCUCAUCGAUAUUAAAAUAUCCUUGUUAUUAUUUGAAAAAUAUUUGAGUAUUAUGUGUAGAAUAUAAUAAUGUAUAAAUAUAUAUUAACACGUUGACCGCCAUGAGUCAUAUGACUUUUAUACGAUCUCAUACUUUGUCCUAACCGCCACGGGUUUUUUCAUAGGUCAACUAAAAAAAUUCUUUUGAAAAAAAAUUUUCCUAUUCCUUUCAAAAUGUAUAUUUCUUUUUAUUACUAUCCACCUAGAAUAUUUUUUAAAUUUUUAAGUGAAUAUGACUUGAGAAUUAUAUCUCAUGGCCGUAGGAUGUCACUGUUCAAAAAAUUAAUUAUUUUUAUAUUACUGUGAGAUCUUAAAUUAAAUCUCAAUUACCUACAUAGUAUAUAAUUAUUUAUCACCCAAUUGGGAUCAUCAUCUGUGUCAUCUAUAGACUCAGAAGAACUCAUAUCAAAUGAAAAUUAAUAAUUUCAUUAUUUUUUUUAGAAUUCAUAAUAAUAUAAAUAUAAACCAAAAUAAUUUACCUUAUACAUUCGUUAAAAUUUAAUAAAAUAAAUAAUCACAUAAUCAAAAAAAUUCUUAUCAAUGAUAAUUAACGUUGAACUACGUAUACAUGGUUUACGGUAAUCGAUUAAGGUUAAUCAUACAUGUUUACUAGCAUAGUUCUUAACUGAAGAUAAAAUAAUCAAAGAAAUAAUUUUAAGAAUUGAUAUCAUAUAUUAUUUAAUAUGUCAUAAAAUAAAAACGAAUAAUGCUUUUUUUUUGUUUUUGUUUUUUAUUAGAAAAUUUACAAUCUGUAUUACAUGACACAAUAAGUAAAAUAGAUGACUGAUAUAACACUAUAUACAUAAAAAAAAAAAAAAAUACACAUGAAGCACAUGAUGAGGGAAAUCAUCCAGCGGUGGUACCCUCUGAAUAAUGCUAGACGUUUGCUAAAAACACCAAUUGAAAGUAGCAACAUUGUUGAUUUCAAAACCAUCAUAAAGGUACGAAUAUUCCUGUAAUGAAAUCUCAUUAAUCUGCGAUAGACGGUUGUGAGAAUUCAUAUGAGAUCUCACGACCAAGUUUUAGUAAUUGACUGAGAUUUAGGAUUAGAUCUCAUGGUGAAUUUGAGUAACACAAUAAAAAUACCCAUGGCGGUCGACGUGUUUAAAAAAAAAACAAAGACAAAAACAUAUACGUGAUGGUUUUCUAUAAACGGCGAAAAUAUUUUUAUAAAUGUGUAUAUUGUACGCGCAUUAUUAGUCCCGGCAAUGGAUUAUGUGAUGUGUGAUUGACUUUAUCUAUACAUAAAGAGGAUGCGGCAUUACUAUAAUAUCUGCUUCCUGUUCCCGCCUAUAACAACAUAAUAAUAUACUAUGUUCGUCAACUGCGUACAAUAUAAUAUUCCACAAGAUAUCAUAUUAUAUUGUUUCUAAAAUAAUAUUGUACGUGCGAUCCGAAAUAAUAAUAAGUUUAAUCGAGUCGACCGCCUACACCACGUUGUCGUCGACACGUACGUCUCGAGCGAUGAUAAAAUGUCAUAUUAUUAUUAUUAUUAUGCUAACAAAUUUUUUUUUAUAUUGUCGGCGCGUCUCGCUGUGCUACCUAUUGUGUCUGAAACACGACGAAAUAAUCCGUGUGAUGACGAAGACGAACUUCCUAUGUAUAUAUACGUCAGACAUCACACAAUAGUAAUAAUUCGGUGGUUUUUACUCCAAUAGCUAAUACCUAACCUAACCUAACCUCAUAGGUGGAGAUUUAAGGGGGACUAGAGGGGCUUAGUUCCUAAAAUGAUUAAAAAUUAAAAAUAUGAUUAUUCUAGCCCACCUAAUACAAGUGAUGAUUUAUUUUUAUGUAUUUUAUUUAUUACAUAAACAAUAUAUUCAAUAGAUUCACUAUUACAUAUAAACUCCAAUUAUAUUAUGUCGUAAGGAAAUCAUACCCAGAUGUGUUUCUUAUAAUUUUUUUGAGAGUACAUUAUAAUAUAUCGUGCCUUAGAUGAAAUAUUUUAUACAUAAAUGUAUAUUUUUUUUUAUAGUUUACAUUAUUUAUAGCGAAAUAGAUAUAUCAAUAUUAUACACAAAUUUAAAUUAAAUUACUAAAAUAAAACACUGAAAUUCUUUUUUGAAAAGGCCGAUACUGCUGAUAGAAAUAGAAUGAUUUAGUUUAUAUCUAUACGUAACGAUAAAUCAUUGCUAAAGAAAAACAAUUCUAAGUAUAGAGUAUUAUAAUUCGUAUUUUUUCUUCUAUUACCAAAAUAAUUCAGAAAUCGACAAAAAUUAUACCAGAAAUCGCAUGCUUUUCCAAUUUGUUAAGAAAACUACAAGGAAUAUUAACAAAUAAUAUUCCUAAUAAUAUACCAACUAGAUCAAAAAUUCUACAAGAAAGUUCUGCUAAAUUUUCUGAUUGAAGAAAUAAUUAAUUCUGGUGAAAAUGUAAUUUACACACAUAAUUAAACAUUAAAUUACUCUCUUCACUUUGAUUAGUGUUUUACACGUAGUAGUGAAUUCUGGUACUGUGGAAACUGUUUAAAAAGAGUCCGGGAAGGGGAAAAACGCUAUAAACGUUUACGUUUGUCACGAAUAGGACAAUAAUGUAUAAUUAUUAUUAUUAUUUUUUUUUAUAAUUUUAAUCAACGAAGACAAAAUAUUGUGCCUAAUCGAUUUUCGUUUAACUAUUUUGAUAUUGGUAUACUAUGAGUAUUAUAUAUUUUUUCUAUAAGUCACUCGUCAUUGUAUUGAUGUCUCAAAAAAUACUAACUCUUUUCGUCACUUUUGUAGGUAUUGAAAAAUUAAAAAUACACGGUAGUUUGUUUAAAAUGACAAUCAUCUUUGUAUUUGUAGGUAGCGAACUACCAUACUCAAUUUUCGAUAUUUUGAAAUUGCAACCUAAUAUUUAUAGUGAGAAUUCCAUAAACUGGUAAUGUUUUGUUUGAAAUAAUUUUUAGUGUUAAAAUUUUUAAUUUUUAAAAACCUAUUGGCAAUGUAAGUACCAUUUUUAAAUUUGGUAUUUUGGAGAGACGCUAGACAGUUUAUAUUAUUUUAAAAACCAUAUAGGUACGUGUGUCAUCAAAUUGAAUAAUAAUUGUGGCAAAAAAAAAAAAAUACAUUCGAUUCUUUAAAUCGCCGUAAUCGAUAAAAAAAAAAAAAAAACGAUGUGGUGUAACGCGUCUAAUUAUGUUCAAUGAUACACGAUGAAAAAAAAAAGUCUAAUAACAUAAUGUGUUCAAUAUUUCAAUUGGUAUUAUAUUAAAGCGGCAAAUACCACGUAUCUAAAUGAUGGUAGCGUGCGUGAAAAAUACCAAAUGUUGUAAAUUCAACGUCAAUAAAAACGAUUUAUUUAUAACCUUAUAUUUCAAAACGACUAGAUAAUUACCAAUAUAUGAUAUCUAGGGCGCUGAUUUUUAUGUAAAUACAUUAUUUUAUUGAAUGCAGAUUUCUGAAUCCUGAUUAAAAAUAAGCACGUUUCACAACACCCUGAAUUAAAUACGAUUUUUUUAUUUUACAUAUUUCCACACAUUUUGAUGUAAAUACAUAUUUUUAAAUAUUUUGUUUAUUCAUAUUUAGAUAUCUAUUAAAUUUAAUAGAAAUAUUAAUAUUAACCAUUAUUAUAUUAAAAACUAUUAAAAACAUUCUUCUGAAUAGAAAUUAAAUGGAUAUUGAAUUUUUACCAUCUGCAUAUUAUACCAAGUAUGAAAUAUUUCCCAUUAUCUUUGGUUAACUUUUAACGUUCUUUUAACCACUACAAAUUAAUUUUGAGACUUAACUGCCAUAUAUUUAAAUUUGACUAUCUCCAAAUGUACGUUGUUACUAAGAAGAUAAAGAUGAAUAAAUAAAAUAAAAAACAAUUUAACCUAAACCCACUUCAAUUUAAUUUAAUAAACCUAUAUAUAUAUAUACAACAUUUGUUCGAUUAAUUUCGAAUAUGUCUCAUAUUAUCACGUAGAUGAAGUAAAAAAAUAUUCCAUUGGAUAAUCAAAGAAAUUUGCCUUCUUGGUACUAUGAUUGCCAGCAUGCUUCAGUUUUACUCAAAAUGUCGGCUAUCGGCAAUUGUUCAUAUAAUAUCUGUAUUUAAAACUCAAGAAAAAAAAUCUUUAUAGCUACCUAUAAAAAGUCUACAAGUUAAAAUGAAACAUAUUGUCGUUGAAGCAUCGAACAAUAUAUUUUGUAUCAAAUAAACAAUAUAGUGGCGGCAGCGUAUUGUGACAAUGGAAGACGUGACGCGUGGACACAAUGAGUAUAUAAUAAUGAUAUUAUAUUAUAUUCUGUUGGUUAAAAAAAAAAAAUUAAAAUCUUAGGUGUUUUUAAGAUUUUUUUUUAUUAAAAGUAAUGUUCGUAUAUCUUGGCAUCUUCCACCUGCAGUAAUAGAACGGGCACAUAUUAUAAGUUUUAUGACAUUAUUAUAGUUGAAAAAAAAACAGGACAUAUACCGUGGAUAGGUUACUGCUUUGUAGGUUAGAAUUCGGGAAAGUAUUUAGGAUAAUAUAUGGUUAGGUUAGUUUAUAAAUGGAUGAAAGCAUUAAUGAAUAAUUGUAAUCGAAAAAUGAUUCUGAGCGUAUCGUGGUAAAUUAGUAAGUUUAUACAGUAGUAAUCGUAUUUCGUCAUCUUUUUUAUGAGCUUUUUAACUUUUAUUAGAUUUAGACCAUGCCAUAAAAAUUCGAAUCUUAUAAGGCAAAGUAUUGCUAUUAACCAAAAAAUUGUUUUCUAGAAUAAAAAAAAAAAAAUCUUACUAAAAAUUAUAUAGAUUCUUCGGUUAGUAUAAUUGGAUUUUGAAAAAUAAUUAAAUACAAAUAUUAACGUAACACACGAGUGAUUGUAUCAUGACAUUCAUUUUUUUCCCUAAGGUUACUGUUUACACAAAUAAUUAUUAGUAAAUUAUCAAAAUGAAUGAUUAAGCUUAUAACGUUAAUUAUCAAUGUAGGAACAUAACAUGAUAUUAACUAUUUGUAUAUAUAUUCUUUGUGCUUUCCUAUACAUAUACUUAUUAUAUGAUAUACAAUGUUUAUGCAAAUUUAAAAACUCGUAUCACUCCUAUAUGAAAGUUUCAGUCUCAUCUGCGGGUCAUAAUUUUUUUAUAUUUAACCUCAAAUCGGAGGGUUUAAAUUUAAUGUACUUCGAAUUAACUUACAUGGAUACGUAUCGUAUUUCACAAACUUUCAAAAAAAAAAAAAAAUUAAAUUCAUAAGGGACUUUAAAAUUGUUUUCCAAAUUGUCUCCAACUUUGUUAAAUGUUGAAAUUAUUUUUACCUUUUAAUGAGCACCUUAUCGAUAAAACUUCGAAUUCAUAUACUGCUCAAUACCCAUUUAAGAGGAAAAUAUAUUAUUCUUUUUUUACGUUAUUUUUAUAAACGUAAAGUAGUAUAUAGCUGAUGUCAAUAUUCGAUAAAUUUUGAUUCUUAUUAACACUUAUACUUUUAAAAAUGAAAAUAUGCUUGAAUUCAUAAACAAGUUUAUUUUGUAUAGGUUUAUUAAAUUAUUUUUAUAGAAUUGUCAACCUUAAAUAGUAAAUAAUAAAAAAUGUUUACGUGAAAAAUAUCCCUCAGCUGAUUCAAAGUAAGCUUAUUAUAAACUCAUUCAUCUUUACAAACGAAAUUUAACCACAGGAAGUAGGUCAAUUUUUGUCAGAGGUUUAUGUCUUUUUGACGAUAAUUGCACGGUGUUUGCAGUGGCCAUGUUUCUCAAGUCUAAUCCUGAUGUUACAAUAUGCGAGUAAAUAUUUGAAAGUAUUUAAUAUGCUUAAAAGUUAAUAAUAGUACUAAGUACUUACAUCUUAUUAUAAUUUUUAAAUAGUUUAUUAAAACUGAGAACAAUGGUGGUCAAAUGAUUUCGUCAUGACGGGUGGAAUAAGGCUGAUUUUUUUUUAACAAUUAUUACCAUUUAUAAUAUUUUUGAAAUUGAUAUUUUGUUAAUGUAAUAUAUUUAUAAAUAUUGUUAUAAAUAUUUAAGAGAAACGUAUUAUUGAAGAUUUAUCCCCCAUACUAACCCCCCCCCCCCGUUUUUUGACCUCUGAAUAGUACAGUUUAUAUUUUAUAAAAUCUGUACAAUUAAGUCUAUAUAAUAAAGGUAAUCAUUUUCUUAUAACAAAAAUGAAACAAUAUUUUAUUGAUAUUUACUACCUAUUUUUAAACUUUGUUCAAAUAGAUAGGAUAAUGUACCUGAGUGUUAUUAAUACGGACGGUGAAUGUUAACGCCACGUUCGAAUUGAAUUGAAUAUUUUCGGACUAUUAAUGUAUGAUUUAUAGGUAUACUGCCACAUAUAUACUUUAUUGUUAUUUUUAUUCACUUAAAUGUCAUGAACUGUACAAUUUUCGAUUAAAAAUACAUUUUGUUUAAUCUCAUAGUUAUACAUUGAUAGAUUGGUAUCCUUUAUAAAUCGUGAAAAACUAAUAUGUUAAUAUAACGAUACAGCAUUAAAAUCGAUCGUUGAAUCUAUGUAUUGUUGGUACAGACACAAUUAUUAAACAAUAUUAUAAUUUAUUAUAAAACGUAUCUAAUUAAUUAUUUAAGUAAUUGCACCGGAAAACGUAUUAAAAUAUCAUGGUGAACAUUACGGACUGUGAAACUUGUCGACCUUGAACGGGUUCGGGCUAUGCAUACUGUAUAGUGAAGUCAACGGCCGACUAACAAUAAUAAUGAUCGAAAGUGUUAUGUCGUUAUAAACAUUGCAAAAAAUUGCUCUGAUUUCAUAACGAUGGACCUCAGACAAUUUAUCAUUGGCGUCAUAUAAAACGUUGUUCUCGUGAGUUCAAGGAGGGCAAUUGAACAUUUUAAAAAAAUCCUUUAAAUGGGUCAAAAACGGUUUCAAAUUUUCUCCAAUAUCCAAAAUUAUUUUUGACUUUGAAUGGCGACCUUAACGAUACGGCCGUAUUUACAUUAUUUUAUUUUUAUGAAAGUAAACGGUGACGUAGCCAGGGUGAGGAUUUAGGUGUUGUAUUCAUAAACAAGUUUACUAUAUAGAUAGGCCGAUACUUUUCCAUACCUAGUAAAUAAUUAAAUAAGAAAUACGCUUCGACUGAUGCAACAUUUACUUGUUCAUUAACUCAUAAAUUUUUACGGUUUUAAAAUUAGAUCCCAGGAAUUACCUCAGUUAUUGUAAGGUGUUUAGGUGUUUAUGACAAAAAUGUCACGGAGUUUGCGGUUAAGUCUUUUUGGUCAUUAUUAUAGAUAAAACUUUGAUCAGUUUUCUAGACCAUUUAUAAUAAUAUUAGUAAGUUUUUCCACGGGAAAAAAAAUAUUCUCGAUAAUUAACCUAAACACUGACGCUAUACAUAAUUACUCUCGAAGAAAUGCCGAUACAGCAGAAUAUUGAAACCAUCACGAUUUUAUCGACUUACGCCAUAGAUUUGUAUUCUCGCGGUUAAGAUGUGGUCGAGCCAACAGAUCCGUAUCCGUCGGGCCUUAAGCCAAAAACUGUUCUAAAACCGUCUCAGACAUACUAGCAUAACCUUUACGCGGAACGAACAUUUUCAUUUCUUGAACAUUGUAUAGAAAGUUUACAUACCGUAUUGUGUUGCAUUCGUCCAUUUCGAUAUCGAUUGUUCUAAAGUCGGCCGUGUCCGUUAACAUUUGUCAGUUAUCCUUAAUCGUUGACAUUCGUGUAUGUAAAUCAUAGUUAAACAUUGGACGGUGCAAAAUGCAGAUUGUGGACGCUUGAAAAUUGCAUUGUUAAGUAAAAACGCAGUAAAGGUCAACGAAAAAAAAAUGUCCCACAAUAAAAAUGCCUGUUCAGAAACGGAAGCAUUUUAUCUAGUACUCUAAUAAUACGAUUUUGAAGAUAACUUUAAAUACGAUAAUAUGUUAACAAUUGUCUACCAACGUGGGCAAUUGAUAAAAUGAUAAAUGAUAAAAAAAAUCAUAUAGAUUACUAAUGUUCAAAAAUAUUUACAUGAUGGUGAAUGUCUUCAGACAUUCACUCGAUAACACAUAGGUACAUACUUGCACAAAAAUGACACAAUAUAUACUAGGCAACACUUAUCUGAUACGAACUAACAGAAUACACAUUAACCUACAAAUUAUCGGAUUCACAGGUCCGCGGAAUCAUGUUUCACACGUUGCAAAAUCGUUUUUCGAUUUUAUAUUUGCUUUUAUGUUCUCUUUAUUGUAUACCGACGGUUUUAUCAAUUUUUUAUCGGCAUUAGCGUAACUAAGAGGGACCAGAGAAAGCGGUCGCACUUAGGCCCGUUCGCUUAAGAAGCCCGACAUAAUAAUACAGUAUUUUUCUUUUUGAUGACAUGCUAUAAACUAUUAAUUUAAAAAAUAAUUAAUAAUUGAUUUUAAUAAUUCAAAAUGAUUAUAAUAUUUAUUAUUAUUGUGUUAUGUUGUAGCCUACAACAUAUAGUGUAUAUAAAUGUGAAUACAUUAUGUCCAUGAGAACGUAUAUGAUACUUUGAUACUAUGAUACGUUUAAAACAGUAUAAUUUUUAUAUUUUAAUCAUUAGGUACUGUUAAUUGUCGAAUAUCGGAUUUUAUUCUUAGAGUAAAUUUAUCAAUAAUGAUAAGAUGUGUAUUUAAUUCAACAUGCAGUAAUAUUUUUAAAAAAUUAUUCAAAAUAAUUUCAGUCAAGUAGUUAGUUGUACCUCUCUCUUCCCUCAGAUCUCGCUAUAUAUGCCUGGAUGAGAGGGCUAUUUUGAAAAUUUCACUCUCGGGCCCAAAUGUUGAAGUUUAACUACUGAAUCCUGGUGAAUCAUUACGCAUUUCACAUGGAUAAACAGUAUAAUAUUUCUAUAGACAAACGGUCCACAAACUACGUUUAAAAUUAUUGGCCAUAAUUAUUGAUCUUGGGAAAUUGUCCACUUCAAUCUGUGCUCAAUACGUUUUAGCAGCCGGGUCGCUCAUUUAAAAAAAAAAAAUAUUAAAAAUCUAUGAUAAUCCACUACGUCUUUGUUUAGUCCGUUCGCGAGUCUAAUAUCACACCACGUAACAAAACAGUUAACCUAGGAAUCGGUGCAUCGCUACCGUCGACCUUGACGGAUCCGCCUGAACAAUGUAAACAUUGGUACGGGUCGCGUGUCACGGCCGCUGAACGACCGACAUUACCACCGACUGGUCAGAUUUGGACUUAUCCGAGACACUCCGUCUCGACCGAUUCUUUAGAAUAUACUAUAUACUAACCGGAAACUACGUGGUGCAUAUAAUAUUAUCAUUAGACCGUUCUCAUAAUACGGAAAUUUCGUGAACGUCAUAUUUUAAUAAUAAUCAACUCGGAGAAAUAAAAAAAAAUGAUUGGUUAUGUUAGACACGAUUUUCAAUUUUUUUGAAGGACCUAUACAUAUAAUUGAUUUUUAGUCAUCUUUUGGGGGGGAGAGAGAGCAUUAAUAGGUUGGGUUAAGUAAUUUCAAUUAUCCAUUGAAAUCGAUGCGUAUGUGAUGAAUUAUGUCCCGAUAUCCGUUUUCACUCGAAUUAAACGACAUCAUUAAACUACAUGAAUUCUCCAUUAUUUCCCUUCCCUUUUAGACUUAUAGGACUGUAUCAAGAUGUUACUAACUGCAGGUAGGUUACAGACAUGAGUGAUUUCUAUCGAUCGUUGUGAUGCGUAAAAAUGUAUUAUUUUUAGAAACCUGUUAUAUUUCUUUAUUAUAGUUUAAUUGAUUUUGUUCCAAAAACUUAUGAAAAAAAUAAAAUAUCUUCGCGUUUAUUUUUAUUUGUGUGUCGAAAUAGGUACAGUAAUAUUAUGUCACCUGCCUCAUGAUUUUUACCUAUGCCGUGACAUUAUUUUGGGUAUAAUGUAAAUUAUGAAUAUGUGACCUGCCUCGAAAUGUAAUGUACCAAUCUGAUUUUUCGCGACAAGAUCAUACAUUAUCAUAAUAUAGCGUGUUGUACGGGAUGAUCAAUCUAUCUUAAAAAACUCGUUAUCUUGAAAAGUAAUAACUUUUUUCCAAAUUUGUUUUUUAGUAAAUUUUUGAAUAGCUUGUUUCUAAAAUUGUCUAUAAAACAAAUAUCGAAAAAAGUUAAUACUUUCCGAGAUAAUGAGUAUCUUAUGUUAGAUUGAUCACUCUGUAGAGGAAGAGGACUUAAUUAUGUGUGUCUGCGAUGUUCAAAUUGGAAUAGUAAAUAUAAUAAUAGUAAUAAUAAUAAAAUCGAUAGUGCCAUAAUCACAUGUUAUGUUUAGACUACUUUUUCUACCGGUCGAUCGCAGGUGCCGGGUGCCAUCAUUAUUGUUGAUACCUAACGACAUAGAUACAGUAUUAUUAUACUUAUGUGAUAUCAAUUAUUUAGCCAUAAAAAAAAAAUAUUAUCUGUAAGGUUUAAAAUAACUUUUGUCACGCUAUUGCAUUAUACAAUAUACAUUGUACACGAUAUGCUUCAUAUAAGUAGUAUUAUACAUUUUAUAUUUUAUUCCCACUGAGGUCAUCGUCAUUAUAGGGUUUUUAGACCAAUACAACACGAAAAAAAGUAAGGAGACUAAUGUACCUUAAUUGCGGUAAUCUUGUAUCUCUAAGAUGAUGCCCCUGAAUAAAAGUGACAGCUUGAGUAGUCUAGUAACUUAAAAACAAUAGGAAAAUGAGUUAGCAAAACUGUUUUAUAGGAAUUUUGAAUGCUAAUACGACUGUAAUCAGUUCGUUUAAAAACACGCAAGAACUAAAUUAUUGGAAUAAAAUUUAAUCGAAAAGUAACAGUUUUUGUUCAAAACUAACAAAUUCCAUUGGGUCAUGCGAGUUUUGAUACUGAACCGUAUUCAACUGUGUCAAAAAUCACAUGAUCCAUAAUAUGAAAACUGACAUAUUCCAUUUCAACUAUUAUUAAAACUCUAAUGUUAGAAUCAAAACUUAUAUGUUCCAAUUUUUAACCCCAAAUCUUAACUUUUAUUAGCAGUUUUGAAUUUCUUAUAGCCUACAUUUCAUAAAAAAAAUACAUAUUAUUUAUUGCACAGGCAAACGUUUUCCCAGUUUUUUCGUUUUCUGAAAUUUUUUUUUGAACAUGUUAUAGUUUUGGUUAUUCAUCUAGGUAUACCUACUGUAUAUAAAUAGUCGAUUUAAUAUUAUGGGAAACGUAUUUUAAUCUGUGAGUUUGUAAGUUGUAUUAUAACAUUGAAGAAUAUUUGCAGCUGAGUCGGAUACCAUAUUUCAUUCAGAAAAAACAAUACAUUCGAUAAUUUAAAGUGUUUUUCUCGUGUAGAUUCUUCAAACUUUUAGAAUUUUCGAAUCGACUAAAUAUAAAUAAAUUGAAUACAUUACAUAUUGAUAUUGUAUCCCUUAUUAUUUAUAGCGUAUUUUUAACAUAAUCAUGUUAUUAAACUUUAUCUGCGUUUGUCUGUUUUAGUGAAAAAAGAGAUCUUGCAUGGCGUCACAGGCAAUUUCCAGUCCGGGAAGUUGACGGCCAUCAUGGGACCGUCCGGUUGCGGCAAGAGCACAUUACUCAACGUUCUCGCCGGAUACAAGUAUGUACCAUUAUUAAGAUAUACACAUUUUAAUAUCGCAACUACAUAUAGACCGUGAACACAUUAAUACUGUGGUUCUUAAACCAGUGUGUUUCCAUUUAUAAAAUACGAUUCAGAGUGGUAUAGUAUAUUAUUCGUGUUUUAUUUGUCUUGUUGUCAAGGAUACUCUGUAGAAACAAAAAAUGAUUAUUUCGAUAAAUGAUCCAAAUAAAGUACCACUGGGUAGAAAUAUCACAUCUUUUGAGGUAUUACGUGAACGAAUCUGAUCAUUUUUACUAACCGAAAAAGUGUUUUCUAAGAAACACACACACACACAUACACACACACACACAUAUUAGUAAAACUAGCAAUUAAGUUCGUUGCAUUAAGAAUCUGAAAUAUACAACUUUCUUUUGAAUUUUGUUAUAACCCACAAUAAUAUUAUUCUUUCAAAUGCGAUACCAUUUAAAUGAUUUUUAAAAUUUAACGGUUUCAGGGAUGUGUAUCGUUUCGAAAUAAAUUUGCGAACCACUGCGUAUUAACCUAGUUGUUGAAUAAUAAUGUUUUUAACUGGUGCAGGACUAUAAUAUGUAACGUAUUGUUUUGUCGGAAGAAAAAAAAAACCGGAGUAGUACAUGUAAAUUUUGUCGAACAACACGGCCGAAAAUUAUUUCGGUUAUGUCCGUUUAAUUUGCUAUAAUACUCUGUACGACCUUGCAUAAUAUAAAAAAAAUAUUAUUGAUAGGUCAGCCGAUUAAGUAGAAUACAUAAUGUAUAUUACGCGUAUAACGUAAAAGUACGUUAUUUUCUUUUAUAUAGUGUUAACAUUUUUUUUACUCGACAUUAAAUUUAGUAGUGUCCUAUGGAAAUUUAUGUCAUACGUUAAAAUAAGUUCAACGUAUGAAAUUUGAAAGUUAUUCAUUUUUUUUUUUUUUUUAUGGCAUAUAUUCUAUUUUCCCCCCUUAUGAUUUUUAAAUAAUUUUAUAAUUGUAUUUCAUUAUAUGACGCAUAAUUGUUUAUUUUUAUUAUCUUAACUAUUCAUCACUGGAGCAUGGGGCAAUACAAAUCCGCGAGUGAGGUUUUAAAAGAUUCACAAUUUCUAAUGUUUUUUUUUUUGCUUUUAAAAUAUUUUUUAAGUGCUUAUUUCAGCACUCAAAAGGCUUAUUAAAAUUUUGUGUUGAUUUUAUGUGCUAUAUGUCCAGAAUCCUGCUUAUUAUAUAGAUUUUAAGCAUUAUACAUGAAUUUGAUAUGUUAUGCGUAUAAUUUUAAUCUCUCUAUUUGUAAACACUGGUUUUAACUGGUUUAACAAAAUAUAUAGUUUAUACGUCUUAUACCUGUUGCAUUGUUGGCAAUAUACAAUAAAUAUUUGGUGGCACGUGUAUCACGUCUCACAACAAACAUCCUUGCCAUUUACGUCAUUGUAAUACGUAAAUUAUACGACGCUCAUACGUUUUUUUUUUUUUUUUGUACUAAUAUUAUGGCUGACGAAAUGGAUAGAUUUUUUUUAAAUUUUUUAGAAAACCUAUUGAUAAUUAUUAAGACAUUUUUUCCGAAAUUCAGCUGGCGAAAACUGCAUCGUUUUAAGUACGCCGUGGUGUGUACUAUUCGGAGCAUUUUUACUAUUAUAUAAUAACCAAAAACUUGUGAAAAAUAACAUUCACAUCAGAAUCUAAAACAAAAAACCCCCAAAUUAAUCAGAAAAUAUAUUGUUUUUCAAUUAGGUAUAAACAAACGGAGCAAUUUAUAACGUGUCCGGUACAGUAAACGAAAAAAUCGAGGGUAUAUGAAUAACUUGAACGCCAACGACUGAAUGUCUAUUCAGAUUCGUUUAAUCUUCUUCUUUCCUUUGCCUUUAUCCAAUGAUUUUCGUAAUAUUUCCAUAAAAAAACCACGAAUUCAAGUAACUAAAAAUUUAAAAAUGUUGCAAAUCCUUAUAUUAAACACUGAUAAAUAUUAAGGUCUAAAUUAUAUUUUCGUAAAUCAAAAUAGAGUGAGAUGAUCGUCGUUGAUCGCGGUGAACUCGUCUGGAGCAAGCCCGAAUCGGACCACUUUUUCAACACCAAAUUCGAUCUCUUUUUAAAUAAAAACAUAAGGGUAGGUACAUUUUAUUUUAUUUUGAAUAUCGGCAAAAAAUAUUUUAUCAAAAUGACACAAUUGUUUGACGUUUUUUUUUUUUUUAUUUCUCUAUUUUAAUCUUAUUUAUAAAUAACGAUUUUAAAUAUUAUUAUUUCUUAAUUUUCUAAUUCAAUUCUUUAUAAAGUAUUUAUAUUCGCUAUAAUAUUAAAUAUUUCAUGUGUUUACACAAUAUGUAUACAAAUGCAACAGAUAAAAUAUAUACAUUUUCGGGUUCACAUCAUACGUUUCGAGCUCGUGGGCGCGUAACAAGCACAUAUUAUUAUAUUAAAUUUACUAUUGUCAUACUCAGUUCGUUUUUGUAUUGUUUUCCAGACGAUUGCCGGCAGUUAAUUAUUGUACGAAUAGAAUAAUAUACGCACGUUAAUCACGGCAUAACGUGCCGUUUAAUUGUUUAUAUUAUGAUAAUAAUCGGUACGAACACGCGUAUAUUAUAAUGAUGACGUUGCAAUUAGGUGGCUAUUAUCGUAAUAAUAUUUCGACUGCAACAGCAGCUGCCGGUAAACAACGUCCGGAAACUGACUGUUGUUCCUUCGCCGAACUUGAUAAAAAUUGCACGAAUGUUGUGCGACCUACACCGUGAAUAUUAGUCUCGUGCAACGUUCAGCAAUCGAUUCUGAUUGUAACACAUUGAUUAUUACUACUAUAUUAUCACUUGUCAGUGUAGUAUACCUACCCGAUUCGUUUAGUAUGAUCAAUGGUAUAUAUUAUACGAUUUUAAAAUAGUAUUUUAUUUUCUGGGAUUUAUCGUAGUAUUGAGACAUUUAAUAUUUAAAUGAAUAAAUCAGUAUCCUACACCCCAUCUUUCUGUCUACGAUAGUUUUCCAUAGUGCGAACUAUGACCAAAUUCGUAUGUGCAGUGGCGGCUUCAAAAAAAAAAAAUGAAGAACCAAAAAUAAUUUAUGAUUGUUUUUCCUAUUUAUGCGUCGAUUCUCAGACAACUAUUUACAAGCAAAAGACCAAUUGUCUUGACAAAAACCCGUUCGGAAACUAGAGACACGUGUGCGUUUCCAGAUCACACUUCUUAUCUAUGUAGGAAUAGGAUUAGGUCACUCACUGAAAACAUUUUAUUCAAAACCAUCACAGUUACUCAUUAUUUGCGAGUAUAACAUAGGCGUUAUCGGUAGUGUAAACACUGCUCGAAAUUAAAGACAAAGUAAAAAAAUCUAUACUAAAAAAAUGAUUAUCAUAAAAAAAAUAAGUGUUUUUCUUAUGUUAACUGUAAAGAUAAAUAAAUUUAGUUUAUUUAAUAGAAUCAAUAAGUACAUAAUACGUAUAGGGGUUUUUUUUAUGGUUAGUUUUAUAUAAAUAAAUAAUAAUUAUAGUAGAUGUAUAAAUACAAAAUAAUUCAUUGAUUGGAAACAAAAUGUUACAAAAUACCGUAUUGAUAAUAAUGUGCUGAUAGGUUCUGAUAGUACAAAAUAAAUGUAUAAUAAUAAUAAUAAUAACAAUCGAUUCGUAGUAUAAUUUGAUGCUUAAAUAUGUUUAGAUAUUGAUUAUCUUAUGUAGUAAUAUAUAAAAAAAAUCACGCAUACGAUGAGUUUACGUGUGAUGUACUCUGAAAGUACUCAGCCGAUUUUGAUAAACAAUGCUCAAUGUGUGUGAUUUGGUUUAACUUAAAAUAUAGGAUAGUCUUCAUCUCGAUUAAUAACCUAAAAGAGGAUGAUGAAAGGUUCUUAAGUAUUUUUGGUAUGAAAAUUAAAUUAUUUUUGUUGAAUUAUGGGUUACUUUAUAAGUUACACGGAUAAAAUGAAAAACAAUUUAAAACAAAAAUGAAUAAUAAACAGAAAUAAAAAUGCCAUAAUGACUACGACAACUUAAAAUAAAGAGUUUAUUUGACUGUCUUCCGGUCUAUUAUUGGAUUAUAUGGAUGAAAAAAAAAAACAAAAAACUAUGUGCCGUACUGGAUAGGUAAGUGAAAAGUGAAAACACGUAAAUCGUCCGUCACCUUUGAAUUUUUGUAUUUUUUGGUACAGUAACACUACACUACACUAUUACAGUACUAUUAUGUCCUCGUAAUGUUAGCGUUAUUAUAAUAGAUGUAUAGUUUAAUCCCUGUGCUGUGUGGGUAUCUAUGGUAACACGGAUGAAAAAAUGUAUGAUACACUAGAUUACUAGAACAAUUUUAGUUCGCCACUGACCCACUUACCGCCUAUUUUUUUUCGUUUAAUAUACUGAUACGGGCAAAGCAAAACGAGAAUAAAGGUAAAAAUAAUGAAAAAUAGGCACGGGCAACGUGUAGGAGAGCUAUUUAAGUAGGUAUGCAAUAUAUAUAUAUAUAUAUAUAUUGAUGUACAUUAGUGUUUAUGUAUACUAAACAAAUUGAAUAUACAUUUUAAUAUCUAUAAUCACCACUCCCCUCCGGACGACUCGAAAGAUAUCUAAACAAAACGUGUGAUAUAGAUAUCUAAUUGUAGUAUCAGAAUAUUUUCUAAAUGUAUUUAUCUCUGGCGAUAUUAAAAAUGUUAAAAACAAAAAAAAAAAAAAUGGAUUUUUCAUACGAAUUGUAUUUUUACCUUAAACCUUUUAUACAGACGUUAUUACUGGGUGGUCAAUUUCAAACAAUACGUGAUUAUAAUAUAAAGGUUGGAAUAUAAAUUACACAUGUUUUUUUUAAAAUAUUUUUGAAUACGACUGCUAUAAUAAUGACGUGUUGUCCGAUCAUUGUUGUUCGUCGUAUAAAGUUUUCUACACCCCAUCACAGUGGUUGCAGUUACAAUAUAGUAAUUUAUUAUUGAAUCAUACAAAUACGCAUAUUUAAUAUAACUAUUGUAGUAUAUGUGGUAUGUUCUUGAAUAAAAAUAAAUUUAUAUUUUCGUAAGCUUGGAAGUGUUUUUAAGUUAUAAUUAUAUAUAAAAUAAAAACAAUCGCCGUAAUUUUAUUCAAUAAACGUGCAUGGUUUACUAUUGAUUUAAUUGAAGUAUAGUAGGUAUACCUAUGUAUAGUUCGUAAUAAUAAAUAGGUAAUCAAUAAUUUUACAUAUGGCAUAAUUUCGAUAAAUUUAACUCUAUAAAUACGUAUAGUUUCCGCGUAUAAUAAAAUUCCACGCGGGACACAACACUUUGUGCAUUUUUUUAAGCAAAUUAUUGCAUACACCGUCCGCACUCAAAUCGCCGGUUUAAAGAGCCAAACAAAUAAGGCGUUAAAUAUUUCCGCGACCAUCGAAUAAUAAAAUACGUAUUUAAAAAAAACAUUUUACAAUAAAUCAUAGACCCUUCAAUAGACCACAUGUAAACUCCUGUGUGAAUAACUUUUUUACUUGAAUUUAAAAGAUAGGAUACCUCCUACACAGGUAAUUUUUAUCUGCCAAAAAAGAUGGUGUAAUCUCAAAAUCAGAUCUAUUUAAGUUUCGGGUAUGAAACACUCAAUAAAUGUUGCAAUACACUUGUUUCGUACUAUAAUUUGGUACAUGUUUUCAUACUUUUAGAGGUUAUAUAUUUUACUGCGUCUAGAAAAGGUAAAUUUAAAUUUUCUGUCCAAAUUUUAAGUCUAAGUUUAACUCAAUUACAACAAAUAACAAAAAUGAAAAAUAAUUAUUAUUUAAAAGCAUUAUUUUCGUACAUUUUCUGUUUUUCUUACGUUUUAUCGUGGUUUUUCCCAAAUAUUAUGAAAGCGCAUAGAAAAUAAAAAAAUGACUUUCCAAAAGUAUCAUCUAGACAACAUUCCCUUUCAGAAAUGGUGCCGCGCGUAUAUAUCUGAGCAAGUUUUCUGGUCAAAUUUUUCUACACAAAAUAAAAAAAUAAAAAGUAAUAAACAUCUUAGUAAAACCAAUAAAUUCUUCGCUACACUUAGAAUCUAAAACAGUACGAUUAAUAUUUUUUUUUCAAACUUAAUAUUAUACUAUUUAGUGUAGGAGAUCCUUUGUAGGAUUUUCACUAUAUCCAUGCAAGAGAUUACCUAAGUUUUUAUGUGUAUACUAACUCUCUCUUGCAAUGGCCAUCAUCAGGCACGUAUAUAGGGGGAGGGGUUCGGAGUUAGGGGUUCAACUUCCUCACCCCGAAAAUUAAUAGUUGUGUAAUUUAUUUAUGUAAAUUUAAUAUUUUUUUUUAUAAAUAUUGUUAUUGUACAUUUUUGAUAAAUCCCCCGAAUUUGUUUGUAUACAUGUCUGGCCAUCAUGAGCUAUUAGUUAUUACUACUAUUUUUAUUAUUCUGGUUAAUUCAUUCUUUAGGAAAAUUAGUAGUAAGACCAGAUUCACAACUAAUUAUCCGCAAAUCUUCAGCAAUGACAUUCUUUGCUUUUACAAAGGUUAUUUUUCUUAAAAUAGGUUUUCGUCUCCCUAUAAUAUUAAUACUUCUAUUAUUAUUAUUUAUUAUUGUCACACUGAUUUGAACGAAAUACGUUAUGUAUCCACAGGACGAGCGGAAGUUCGGGUUCGGUAUACUUGAACGGAGCGGUACGAGACGAGACACAAAUGUCGAACAUUAGUUGUUACAUACAGCAAGACGAUUUUGUACGCGACCUGUUAACGGCUAGGGAAUCGAUGACCGUGGCCGCAAACCUCAAAUUGCCGACCACUGCGUCGUUUCUUUCCAAGGUGCGUUUGGUAGAGGAUUUGCUGGACGCGUUGGGUUUAUCCAUUCACGGUAACACGAUUACCAAAAGGCUGUCAGGAGGCCAAAAAAAGAGACUAUCCAUCGCUCUGGAGCUCAUAACUAACCCGUCGAUAUUGUUCAUAGACGAGCCCACUACGUGAGUACAUAAUAUAAUUAUUACUAUAUUUAUGUUGUACCUACAUGGUAUGUAUUUAUAAAUACCUAAGUAAAUGAAAUUACAAACGUGUGCUUCCAUUUUCUUAUUUUUGUUUAAAAGCUGCACAUUAAAUCAUAUAGUUAGAUAGAUUUAUCCUAACAUCAUUUACUAUUGCUGUUAAAAUUGGAAUAUCUCUUACAUAUUUAUGGUCCUAGUAUAUAACAUAUAGAUUAUAGAACGAAACUUCAAUCCAAUUUAAAGAUUAAUCAGAACGUGACGCCGUACUUAGUUUUACAUUUACACACCUAUAGGUAUACCUAGAUCAAAUGCGAUUUUAGUUUUUCAAAAGUUAUAUAAAAUAAUAUUUUAUGAGUUAUAACUCGCAAUGAUGGUAGUAUACCUACAAGGAGUAGGCGGGUAUCUAAAUUUUCUCUAGAUAUGAUCUAGAUAUAAUAUUGAUCAUAAAUAAAUUUCUAAACUUUUUUGAUAAAUUAAUACAAAUCGCAUGUUAUUGUUAACUUCGAUAUGUUGCUGUUAAUAAUGUGUUAAUCAAUUCUGAAUGUAUUGUACGUUUUCUUAGCCCGGCACAAACAAUGAACCGAAAUCCCGACGAGUCAGGUGGAACACUGAUAAUACGAUAAAACUUUGGAUGUCAUACUAACCAAUUAGUAUAAUAAGCAUUAGUAAUAAUUACGAAUUAUUAGUAAAUGAUAAUAUUACGUUGAAAAUUAUCGAUAAUUAUCUUUCUGUUUAGAUUGUUCUAAAAAUAUCAUGAAAUUUACCAUUAUCAUACUUUUGCAUGAUUAUAUUCCUUGGUUUUUCUCACUGAUCUAAGAUUAUAAGCAAAGGAAUAAAUUGGUUUUAUUUAUGAUUUAUGCGAGUUUUUUUUUGUGUCUAUGAACAACUUUUCUAACAGAAAUCUGGCACCAAUCAAAAAAUGACAAGAGACUUUUUUUCUUGGUAUUUUGAAUCUAGUUGGUGCAUUAAGGAGGUCAUUUUUUUGAUUUAGUAGUUUUCAUUAUAGUUGGGAAAAUCAUAAAAAAAAGUAUUAGAAAAAUGAAUAAAUGUAUGACCUAUACAAUUUUUAUUAUUUACAAUUUCUUUCGGUUUUGUUUUUCUAACAGACAUUUUUGUUCAAAUUUCAAUAAUAGCAUUUUUACUGUAUGGAAAUGUUGUCUAGUUGUUGUAUAAAAAAGUGGUUAUUAAAUUUUUCUUGUUGUUUUCUUAAUAAUUUGGUAAAACCCGGCAAAACGAGAAAUCAUUAUUCAUUAUUAUCGACUUUAUUUUUGUUUUUAUUCUGUUAAAAAAAUUAUUGUAGAAGCCUGAAAUUUACAAAGAAUACUAAUAGAUAUUGUUCUUUUCUAGACGUGGUCAAAUAUUAAAAAUAAACUGUUGAUUUUUAAAUUUGUUUAACCAUUUGUUAUUUUCUAAUUUUUAUUUGGUUCUAUGUGAAUACAAUUGUUUUAGUUGAGCGAAAAUAUCUGAAAGUUUAACUCUAAAUUCAAUAUAAGAUAAAAUUGGUCACUGCAAAAAAAGUUGAACAAUUAUGUAGUCAUUUUUAGAUUUGAAGCGUAGCGAGGAAUGUAUUCAUUUUACAAUGGUUAUUACAAUUAUUUUUAUUUCUAUAAUCAACUUUUCUAUCAGAAAUCAUGCUUUGAUGUAUCAAGUGGAGCAUCUUUUUUGAAAGCGAAUUUUAUUUAGUUGGUAUUUUAGUAAGAGAUCAUUGUUUGAUUUUCCGAGGGAUUUUCAUAAUAGUUAGAAAAACCGAAAAAACGUAGGAAAAUACACAAAUAUAAUGUUUUUAUUGUUUUCAAUAGCCUAUAAAAAAUUAUAGUGCGUGUCUCGGCACGCCAAUGCUUCUCAAAUUUUCACAUACAACAGUGACCCAUCCAUCGUGCGAAGUAUAUUUGACUUUUUUUAUAUAAAUUUUAAGUUGAAAUUGUAACAAAAUCGUAAAAUUACGGCAUUUUAAAACAUAAUAAACGUAUUUCGUUCAGAAUCGUUUUCAUUAGAAAUAUUUCAUCAUCUUUUAUAAAUAUUAAUUAAAUAUAACUUUACUAUAAUAUAUAUUCUAUACCUUCCAAACUACCCAUCUAUCAACUCUUUUGUUUCUAUUAAUUUUAUUCUUUAAUACUGGGUUUUACACAUGCCAGUCAAAGAGUAUAUUUGUUUUUCUUUUAUGUAAGACUGACCGCCCUAACAUUUACUGACGUAUUGCAGUUUUUAAUGUGUAUGGGAUGUACUCAGUAAACCGCACAAAAGACUUUGUUUGAGAAAUAAUACUUUAACUACACGCGAGUCUUUAUAAAAUCUAUGACAUCGUAAUUGUGCUCAUUUGUAUAGGUUAUUAUUAUAAAGUCUAACAGCCAUUGAAAAAGUGUUGCUGUUGAAAUCCUUUUGUAUAUCCAUUUUGGUUCAUUCGUUAUGACGUCACCGUGGAUGGUCAUGAUGAUAUCUCACACAAAACAGUCCUACUGAUCGUCUACUAUACGUGACGUAGUCAUACAGUGUUGGAUUUUAACACGAUGACAUGUUUCAACAAUACACCGACACAGACAAUAUAAAUUGUAAUUUCUCUUACCUCGAUAAAAAGUCUAUUACGUGAUGAUGAACUUCUUUAAUUAGUCCAAAAUGGAAUCUUAUUAAGUUCUAUGAGUUUUAGAAAUUUUUAUCUCGCUGUUCGUUUUUGCAUUAUUAUUGAUACAAUAUACAAAGCAUAUUUUUUCCUACAUGGCUAUAUAACACCACCUAUGUGCAGUUUAUAUUGUUUUACGUAUUCAUAAUGACAUAUUAUAACACAAAACAAACAUUGUUAAUACAAAGCAAAUCGCUGCAUUUCAUCUGAAACCCAAUAUAUUAUAUUAUAACCUUUAAUCACGCUAUGAAAUUUCUUCUUCUUGCACUUCGCCUUAACCCCAUGAAUGGGUCAGCUACUAUAAUUCUCAUUUUUUAAAUUUCUUUAUAUCUAUACCCAUUUUUUCAUAUAUACCCCACAUGACCCUAUAUGUCUCCAUUAUAGUGACUUAUUUUUUGGCAUACGUUUUUGCCGGAUUUUCUCGGCCAUCUGGCGGAAUAAAAUAAAAUUGUACAAAACAAACUUGUUUCGUGCGAAACUUACGGAUUACAGUGAUAUGCAGGCAAUUAUAAUUUGUUUUUAUCAUUUUUUCGUUCGCAGUGGUUUAGACAGUCAAUCGUGCAGCCAGUUUGUGUCAUUGAUGGUGAAUCUAGCACACAACCAGAACCGUACUAUGGUUUGCACCCUACACCAGCCCAGUGCUUUACUGUUCGAAAAGUUCGACCAAGUUUACGUGUUAACCGCGGGCCGGUGCAUCUACCAAGGACCUCCUAAUUUGGUCAUUCCUUAUUUUAAUGAUCGAGGUAUUGUGUGUCCGCCGUACCACAAUCCAGCAGAUUUCUGUGAGCACACAAUUGUUAUCAUAAAUAUGUUUGAUAAUUCUCAUAAACGUGGUUAACAAAAUUCAAUGACCAUUUAGAAAUACAAAUAUAAAUAAUAUAAAUGGCCAGAGGUUUUAAGGGGAAAUAAGGGGGUAUGUGGAUUUUACAAAGAAAACACAAUGGAUAUGGAUAUGGAUAUGUGCAACAUGAGUGUUAGCUAAUCCUAUAUUUUAUGAGGAUAAAAAACGAAGAAGAUAAGGAAACGGUCAUCGUUGAAAAUUAUCCAUUAUUCAUUAGAAUGCACACAUUUUUAUUUUUUAAUUUACAAACAAUAUAUACAAGUAACAAGUAAUAUUUAUUUAUUGAGCUUUUAAAAACGUAAUAAAUUUAAAAAAGCUUCAAUUGUUUAUAAUAAUAUUAUAUUAUUUUUUUGUCCUAGUAAUUGAAGUGGCUAUAGGCGAUUAUGGUACUGACGUACUGUCCAAGAUAACCGAUUCAACAAUAGCUGCUGAUGAAGAAUACACAAAUAUCAAUUUAAAUUAUCCUACAAAGCCCGAUGACAAAGAAUCUCAACUGGAAAAUGGUAGGCUGCACAACAUUUAUAUGUCAAUGCUUUUGUAAUGGAGAUAACAAUAAAUUAUUGUUAUUUAAAUUAAUUUGUUUUGCAGAAAUAUGCCAGAAAACCAAUAAUAUAGCUCACAAAAAAUUACCCUUCAAAACCAAGCUCAUUAAUAAACCUCCGUCUUAUUUACAAGCCUAUCAUUUAUAUUUACGUAAUGUAAUCAUGUACAAACGCAACAAAGUAAGUAAAUUUGUAAAUAUUUUAUAGUUUUAGUACUUUGAAAUAUAAAUAAAAUAGUUUAUACUAGAUCUGCUUAUUACACGUGUACAUGUGAAAUUAAAAAUUUCGUGCUAGAGACCGUGUAAUCCGGAAUUCAUGAAAUUCCUGAAUGCGAAAAAGUAAAAAGAUAAAUACACGUAAAUAUAAACUUUAAAAUAAUCAAAUGUAUUUUAAAUUUUUCCCUUUUUUGUUGCAUAUUAUAUCCAGUUAGUGACGAAUAAAGUCAUCUUUUGAUUUUUGAAGUUUCGAUUUUAUUAAGAAAUUUUGCUCCGGUUAAAAAAUUACAAUAUACACGACACGGUACUGAUAUGCGCCACAUAAAUAUCCGAGUAACCGUGACACAGAUACACGUGUGCAAUAAAACACGUAUUUUAUAAAGACCCCUAAAUUUAGAGUUUAAGUUUAGAUAUUAUAUAUAAUUAAGUAAGUGCCUUCAGACACAGAAUAUAAAUCUAGUUGAAGCUAUUCAAACCGCUGGUGAUAUGGCAAUAUAAUUAAAAAGACGGGGGGACAUGUUUCGCCACUGUUAUGGGUUAGAAGUUCGGAGAGUAUGGUAUAGAGCGGAAUUUAAUGUAUAUCUGUACGCAAUGGUCAAUCAUUGCUAACGACAAACUAUUCUGAGCGGAGUUCGGUUGUACAUGUUUUAAAAGGUUGUAAUAUAAUUUUCGUCAGAAUUUGAUAGGUAGUAAUAGUAUUGGUAGUAUUGAAUUGUCUUUUUCAACAUUAAAAAGAAUAAAACAUAUUUGCGAAUCACCAUGUAUGAAAGUAAAUUUAAUGGUUUCGCUAUGAUUAAUUUACAUAGACCCUAGUGAUGCCCUAAAAAAUUAACUACCAAAACAAGAAAACUACGGUUUAUGUAAUAUCAAUAUAUAACUAAAUUACAAUUUUUGACUUUUUAAUUUUUUUAAAUAUAGAGUAUAACAAAAUUAAAAAUAUGUUUUAUGUACACAACACAUUUAUGUUUUACAUAGACAGUUUAUUCUGUUGUCUGUUUUAGAGUUAUCUGAUGUUACGGGUAAUCGCACAUUUGGCUAUAUCUCUUAUUUUCGGAUACCUGUACCGCGGAGUGGGCAACGACGCAUCAUCAAUGCUCAGCAACAUGGUUUUCGUGUACGGUACCAAUCUGUUUUUGGUUUAUACUGGUCAGAUGGCCGUCAUUGUAUCUUGUAAGUAUAUAAAAUGUAAUAACUAUAAAUUAAAAUUACUCUAUGACUAAACAAAUGCAGGAUUCUGUGGCCCGUGGUCUUGGAUGAAUUGACAAGGGCUGUUUUAUGGGAAGGUAUUUUUCUUAUCUUGGAAAUAUUUGGUUUUCAUUGGAUCAUAUACCUGUUUAUUCAGUCAUUUGUCUAACAUAUGAAAUAAAGAACAAUCAUUUGUAUUAUUUGUCCGCAGUUCCAUUGGAGUACAAAGUCUUGAAACGAGAACACUUUAACAGUUGGUUCACUCUGUUCCCGUAUAUGAUAUCCAUACUGCUGGUCGAAAUACCGUUUCAAGUGAGACAUGAAAAAAAAAAAUAAAAAACAAUUAAAAUAUUAUAAGUACCUAUAUUAUAUUUACCGAGAUGAAAACUGAUCUGAUAACCUCAGUUUUAUCGAUACACAGUAUUCGUAUUCCCUCCGGAAACGUAUAGUAUAAUACUAAAAACUCAUCUAUAUUAAUUUAUAUUAUUCAAUUAUUAGGUAUAUAAGUAUUUUGCUAUUGACGACUGGUCUUCGUUUUUUUAAUUUUUAGAUAUUGUGUUGUGUCAUUUAUAUUAUACCGGCGUACGUAUUGACCAGCCAGCCGUUGGAAUUGAUGCGAUUCUGUUAUUUCACGUUGUUCUUGGUGGUGACUUCGUUGACGUCGCAAAGCACCGGAUUCUUAUGUGGCGCCACUUUGCCGGUGAAGGUAAUCCAAAUAUAUUCUUAAAUCUGAAGAUACUAAUGACGUGAAUUAUUAAUUUUGACAAUUAGUUUCCGAUAAUCUUAGUGGCUAUUGAAGUAAUUUUACAUUACUUCUUGUACGUAUUUGAUCAUAUUAUUUUAAUAUUGUAUAUUUUAUUAGUAGUUUUUGAUAUUUAUUGCUCGUAAAAAUUAGCUUAUUCUUGAAGUUAUCCGGUUUUUUUUAAAUAUUUUUUCGCAGGUGUCUGUAUUUAUUGGACCGGUGUUUGUUGUGCUUUUAUCUGUGUUCGGUUUCGCGAUAAGACUGACGGACAUUCCCGGCCCGUACGUUUGGCUCUACUACUUCAGUUUCGUUAGAGCGUCGUUCCAGAGUGUUGUGUAUUCGAUGUACGGAUUUGGCAGAGACAUUUUACCGUGCCAUGACGAAGUGUACUGCCACUAUAAGAACCCGGUUAAGUUUCUCAACGAAAUGGAAUUUGCUCAAGUGAACAUCUACCCAGAAUUUUUUUUCAUUUGCUUUUUUUUUUUGUGCACCUACGUUCUGACGACCACGGUCAUAUGGUACAGGUUAAACAAGCGGUAAACUCUGUAACCGCAUCCAUACAAAAACACGAUAUUAUAUGUUAUUAUUUAUAACAUGGGUGUAAAACGAUCUUUUCUGAAUUUUUUAGGUUUUCAUUAAUUUUUAAAUUAUAACUAUUAAGUAUAUUUAUUAUGUGAAUGGUUUUAAAAUAUAUACUACAUGUCUAUUUAUAUUUUCGCGACGAAUUUGCCCACUUCGCGACUCAAUAUUCUAUUACUAUUGUGAUCAUAUUCAUAUUAUGUUAUAAUAAUAUGUACCAAGACACGUAAAGUUAUUGCUGUUUUCUUAUACCCGUAUGAUAUGCGUGAACUGAUGUUACAUACUAUAUUAUAAUUAUAGAAAAACGUUCAUGAUGUCGAAAUCAAGUUCCUAGAAAAUUGUUAAUAUUGAUUGUUUUUUUUUUUUUUUUUUUUUUUUUGGAACGUAAAUUAUAAGCACUAUUUUUUAUUCAUGCAGAUGUUGAGUUGUCAUCAGUACAUUUAUAUUAUAUUUUUAUUAUUGUAAAGUUUUUUUUGUACACAAUUAAUUUUGUAAUAAAUAUCAUCAUACGCAUCGAUGUGAUGAAGCUGUGGUUGAACGAUAAUAAGCGUAUUCGUAUUAUAUAAAAUAAUAUUCUAGACCCACUAAAACUUAAACAUGACAUUUGAACGAAAAUCAGAGUUUUAUGGUUAAGUUUAUUGUGUCUGUCUAACGUGACGAUUUCAGUCGUUUUACAAUUAUUAUAAUCCCGAUGUAUCAAGUUCGUUCUAAAAACACGACAGUUUCAAAUAAUCUUAUUAAAUUUUUUUGAAUUGUAAAAAAGUCAUUUUCAAAACCCGAAAAACUUUCCUUCUUGACUUUAAAGUGAACUAAAAUCGUUUUAGUAUAUUAUAUUGGAGUAAUAUGUAUACACUACACAACGUGAUCAAUUGCGUCCACACAAAUGGUGCUCUACUGCAUCAUCUCUUUAAAAAGGGUAAAUUAAUUAUUAUCUCAC